AUGUUUUCACUACUAUCUGGUACCAAUACUCCUCAGUCUUCUCGUGCUUCUCCCAGUGGAAGCCCGCCCGAUUCCGCGAUGGUUUCGGACAAAGCAGAACAACAGGCAGCUGCACCCGCGCUCGCACCUACACAUCAACCCACACAACGCCGCCGCCGAAUCGUGGUAGCGAUGACCGGAGCGACAGGAGCAAUCCUAGGACUCAAGGUUCUCAUCGCACUCCGUCGUCUAAACAUCGAGACGCACCUAGUCAUGAGCAAAUGGGCCGAAGCAACCAUCAAAUACGAAACCGACUACCACCCAGCCAACGUCAAAGCCCUCGCCGACCACACUCACUCAAUCAACGACAUGGCCGCACCGAUUUCAAGUGGCUCCUUCAAAGCAGACGGCAUGAUCGUCGUGCCAUGCAGCAUGAAAACGCUCGCAGCGAUUCACAGCGGGUUCUGCGAUGACCUGAUCUCCCGCACUGCCGAUGUCAUGCUCAAAGAGCGUCGUCGCCUUGUGCUAGUCGCUCGGGAGACCCCACUGAGUGAUAUCCAUUUGCGCAAUAUGCUAGAAAUUACUCGGAGUGGGGCGAUUAUCUUCCCCCCUGUGCCGGCGUACUACAUCCGAGCUGCCUCGGUGGAUGAUCUGGUGUAUCAGAGCGUUGGGCGCAUGCUAGACUUAUUCGAUUUGGACACGGGGGAUUUCUCACGAUGGGAGGGGUGGCAGACGGAGAAAUGA